CGGGGCAGGCGAACUGCGAAGACGCGGCAGCGUGCGGGGCGGCGCAGAGCCCUCUCGGCGCGUAGCGGAGCUGUGGUGUGGUGUGCGGCUGUGCGGGCCCGCAGCCGAGGCCGGGAUCGGGCCGGGGAGCCAGGACAGGCGGGGAGCAGCCAUGGCACCGCUCAGAGCCAGGGCCCGAUCCGCUGCGGGCAGGCUGGGCGCCGAAUAGGCAGGCCGGGCCGCGGGCGGAGGCAGCUGCACUCGCGCCCCGCGCCCUCACAGGCCCAGCGCCCCGCGCCCCGGCUGCCGGCGAUGGUGACACAUGUGGCGGCGGCGCGCCGGCGGCAGGACCAUGGUUGAGCGCGCCAGCAAGUUCGUGCUGGUGGUGGCGGGCUCGGCGUGCUUCAUGCUCAUCCUGUACCAGUACGCGGGCCCGGGGCUGAGCCUGGGCGCGCCAGGCGGCCGCGCGCCGCCCGAUGAUCUAGACCUCUUCCCCACGCCCGACCCGCACUACGAGAAGAAGUACUACUUCCCGGUGCGCGAGCUGGAGCGCUCGCUGCGCUUCGACAUGAAAGGCGACGACGUGAUCGUCUUUCUGCACAUCCAGAAGACGGGCGGCACCACCUUUGGCCGCCACCUCGUGCAGAAUGUGCGCCUCGAAGUGCCCUGCGACUGCCGGCCAGGCCAGAAGAAGUGCACCUGCUACCGGCCAAACCGCCGCGAGACCUGGCUCUUCUCCCGCUUCUCUACGGGCUGGAGCUGCGGGCUGCACGCCGACUGGACGGAGCUCACCAACUGCGUGCCCGGCGUGCUGGACCGCCGCGACCCCACCGCGCUGCGCACGCCCAGGAAGUUCUACUACAUCACCCUGCUGCGAGACCCAGUGUCCCGCUACCUGAGUGAGUGGCGGCACGUGCAGCGGGGGGCCACAUGGAAGACAUCUCUGCACAUGUGUGACGGGCGCACGCCCACACCCGAGGAGCUGCCGCCCUGCUAUGAGGGCACGGACUGGUCCGGCUGCACGCUGCAGGAGUUCAUGGACUGCCCCUACAACCUGGCCAACAACCGCCAGGUGCGCAUGCUGGCCGACCUGAGCCUGGUGGGCUGCUACAACCUGUCCUUCAUCCCCGAGGGCAAGCGGGCCCAGCUGCUGCUGGAGAGUGCCAAGAAGAACCUGCGGGGCAUGGCUUUCUUCGGCCUGACGGAGUUUCAGCGCAAGACGCAGUACCUGUUCGAGAGGACAUUCAACCUCAAGUUCAUCCGGCCCUUCAUGCAAUACAAUAGCACGAGAGCGGGCGGCGUGGAGGUGGACGAGGAUACGAUUCGGCGUAUCGAGGAGCUCAACGACCUGGACAUGCAGCUCUAUGACUACGCCAGGGACCUCUUCCAGCAGCGCUACCAGUACAAGCGGCAGCUGGAGCGCAGGGAGCAGCGCCUGCGCAGCCGCGAGGAGCGCCUGCUGCACCGCGCCAAAGAGGCGCCGCCUCGCGAGGACGCGGAGGAGCCGGGCCGCGUGCCCACCGAGGACUACAUGAGCCACAUCAUCGAGAAGUGGUAGUGGCGGCCCCGCGGGGAGGCCCCUGGGAUGGUCGGCACGGGGAGGUGAAAUCAGACAGGCAGCGCACGCGGGCCUGCCCAGAACUCUACGGGAAGAGAGUCCCAGAUCCACUCACCAAAAGGCAGAUGCGUCCUGAACAAAGAUCAGGGAGUGGGACUGGUGGCCCAGUGGAGUCGGUUCUCACUGUUUCUUCCCAGCCUGGGAUCUGAGAAACCAACCGGUGCCGCCCACUGGCUCAGCGGAAAGCGUGCUUGAAGGACGCCCCAGUCAGGCCGGCACAGACCAGGGGUAAGGGGGCGUCCCUGCUCUCCAGGCCCUCACCUCACUGUCACAACAGCCGAGAGUUUGAAGACAAGGAAAAGGCAGUGGAGCCGAGCGUGGGGAGUGGCCCUGCCAGACCGGGAAUGUAUCCCACGCCUGCUAUGCAUAUAUCUGCUCUCUCCCUGCAUAAGUCAGUAGGGGUUUGUUCCCCAGGCUCAGGCCAUCCCAGCAUCCCCUUGGCCUCCAGUGGCUCCAUUGCCCCAGGCCUGUAUGAAGCCCCCUCCCCAGGAACACAGGCAGCCAUUUGAGGUAUUGUCAGGAAAGGAGCUCCACGCUUGUCUGUCUUCAAUGUCAGUGCCACCUGUAUGAAGUCAAGAAGACUAGUCCAGCCCCUGGGUAGCCCCCUCCCCUCUCUAGCUUCCUGCUUUGGGUCAGGAGAUUAGAGGACACCUCCUGGCCUGCCCGCUUCCAUUUUCCACAGUCCUCAGACUGAGGAGGCUGUGAGGGGAUGGGCCCCACACUGCACUACCCCCUGCCCGCUUUCCCAGGCAGAGAGCAUCCACGAGUGGAAAGACUGUGUCCGAGCUGGCCUUUGGGGUGACCACCCAGUUAGACCAGCUCAGACAGGAAGGUGGAUGGAAACUGAGGGCCUCCUUGCCCCAUUUUCCUUUCUGACCCCUUGGACUUGUUAGUGGAAUGCCACAGCCCCAAGCCAUCACUUGGACAUUUAUUCAGGGCUCAUACCCCAUGGCUCCCACCACCUGAUGUAUAAAAGUCCAGGUAAGCCUCCACUGGCAGGAACACACGGACCACAGCUGCUGCCCAUGAGCCAUACCUCAAGGCACAGUGGUUCUGGAUGGCCAAGAAAGGGGACUCGGGCUUUCAGAUUCUCAGUAGGGUUGCAAGGAAUGGCUCUGGAUGCCUCCCUGAUAUGCAGAUUCACAGCCCUCCCCGCCCUGAGCUCUCCCUACAUUUCCCUGCCCUACCCUUCCCCCACCCCCCACCCCCCACCUCCAAGCUGGUCGUGUGCUGUUUCCAGCAGCCCUGCAGAGUGGAGAAGCCAUGUUACAUAUCCGUUGUAGACACUUUCCCCAAGUCCAUUCUCUCCCAUGCUCAAGGAGGCCAGACCAGUGCCUCAUUUGGGUGUGCCCUGUAUUCUGGGGUACUGGGUGUGAGCCCCACACCGUUGGGGAUGGGUGUCCCAUCUCUUCAGAAAAGGAAGCACAUGUGCCCAGAGGACCACGGACCACAUGGCAAGAGGCUGGCAAGGGCAGCAGCUUCAUAGGCAGAUCCUGCCAGCAGUUCCCUGCUCCUGGCUCCCUCUGCCAUCCCAGCUGUCCCACCAGAGAGUGAGGAGUGGGGGAGCAGGGAACCUUCCAUAGCUCAGGAAGAGCCAAAUUGGUGUCAAAUGAAGGGGCUGCCCAAGAGGAAAUGGCUUUAGUCUUUGCUUGUCUGGCAUAAGGGCCCCACCUUGCAGCUUCCUACACUGGCCACUUCAUCUUGUAGUCCAAGAGCAGAGCAGUCAGCAGGCUGUGAUGGGCACCGUGCCAGCCCCACCCAGGACCACCCCCAGGAAUGGGCAUAUCAUGCUGAGGAGGUGAGCCCCCAGGUGACUUAAUGACUCUUUCAAAGGGAAGUGAAGGACAGCGUGGGGGUGGGGGAUCUGCUCUGAUUCUCAGCAUUGGGGCAAGCAUGUUCCAGGGAGAAGGGUGAUAUGUUCACAAGAGCUCUGGGGGCUUGUGACCUCCAGUCGGGAGGUGGCCGACUCCAAGGUAUAAGUGGAGAGCCCACGCCCAUUCUGCCUGGGGCCUGGCUCAAGAAGAUGGCUCUCCUUACGGCGGGCCUGCGCAUAGGCUCUGUUCUGUACAUAUUGGAAUGUUUUAACUUAUGGCCUGUUGUCCCAGUUCACACGGAAACACGGGUCUCUCCUCAGUUGCUUUGCUGCAUCUAGAAAGCAGUCCUUCUCCGGGCAGCACCCAGGCUGAGCUGCCCAGAAAUGCAGUGCCCCUCAGCCCCUUGGGGCUCCAGUCUGGCACUUUCCACUUAGGCCACCUGCUUUGGGGUGAAGGUUCCUGGUGCCUACAACAUCUCCGAUGCCAGGGCUGGGCUCCACAAACAGCACAGGGCAGCCUACCCAGGGGCCCUUCCCAGGGCUGAGAGGACAGAAGCAAUCACGUGGGGAGCAAACCACUCACUUCCCACACAGGCCUGCAAUGUCCCCUCCUGGACGAGGAACGGGGGACGACAGAAUUGUCCGAGCAAUGAGUCUAUGAACUUUUGGGGAACUGGAAGUGUUUAACUUGAACCCAGGAACGUUUAAAGCUUUAUUUAUUUAUAGCUUCUUAAAAAAAAAAAAAAGUGUUAAGAAAUCUUUUGGUUAUUCAUACAAAAAAAUGAGUUGAUGGAAAAGCAAGUCAUAAUCAUCUAAUUGUUUUUGUCUAGGGCAAGAGUGAAUGUUAGCAGAUGAAAUAAACCCUGAAAAGGA